AUGGAGGAAAUACCAAGCGAGAAGCCAAGCGAAUCUGGAUCAAUUAAUUGCGCAAGUAGUUCAGGCAACAGCCAGGACACUCCAAAUUCAUUGGUGGAUAAAGACGAAGGCCACAUUAUUGGGGUGGUAAACGAAUUAAAGGAGGCGGGGAUGGCUGUCGAACUGAAGGAGGGGAUGGCUAUUGAGUUGAAGGAGGAGGGAGUGGCUAUUGAGCUGAAGGAGGAAGGGGCGGUGACUAUCGAAUUGAAGGAUGAGGGCGUGUCUAUCGAAUUGACGGUCGAGGGGGCAUCUACCAAAAUGAAGGAGGGGGUGGCUAUCGACUUGAAGGAGGACAGAACAGCCAUUGAACUGAAGGAAGAGGGUGCUGCAACUGACUCGAAGGAGGAGGGGGUGACUGUCACCUCGAAAGAGGAUGCGGCCGCUAUCGGUUUGAAGGAUGAGGAGGCGAGGAUCAAAUUGGAGGAAGAGACAAAGUUAUCCCAGAAGAGGGACUAUGAGCAGGCUAUCAAACUAAAGGGGGACGGGACAAAGCUAUUCCAGAGGCGGGACUAUGAAGGGGCAGCCUCCAUAUUUGACGAGGCAAUAAAGCUCUUGCCAAAGGAGCAUGGCGACAUUGCCUUCCUCCACUGCAACAUUGCUGCAUGUUACAUGCACAUGAACCCUGAGGAUUAUGAACGCGCGGUUGAUGAGUGCAAUGCAGCACUGGAGGCAUCACCCAAAUAUACAAAUGCAUUACUGAAAAGGGCGCGAUGCUUUGAAGCAUUGGAUAGGCUGGAUCUAGCGUGUAGUGAUGUGGAAAAGGUGCUGAGCUUCGAACCGAACAACAUUACUGCAUUGGAGCUCUUUGAGAGUAUUAAGGAGGAGAUGGAGGAGAAAGAAAAUAUAUUGGAGGAUCAGGUUGUGUCACCAGUGGAGCAUAAGACGAUAUUUGCAAAAGAGAAGAUCAAGAGGAAAGUAUCUCGAAAAUUCAGAAACUCCAUAGUCCAGGAAGAGGUGUGGUUGAUUCAUGAUGACGAUAUCCCAGAGAAUGAUGAAGAUGAAAAUGAAGAAAACUGUGAUGAAGAAAACCAUAUGAAGAUAGAUUUAAGCAAUGAAGAAAAUGACGCCAAGGAGAUGCAGUCGAGGCAUAAUCAUGAUGAAGAUAAAUGUUCCACAGAACAGAACCAUGUGAAGCAUGAUAAGAACAAAGAAGGAGAAAAUCAUGAAAACCAACAACUGCAGCACACUUCUUGGGAUAUGGAAGAAAUGCACCGCAAAGAAAUGCAGAAUCAAAACAAGCAUGAAAAUCCCCUCAAAGAGAUAAAGGUGAGAAGUGGUCAGAGUCAGCAGGAAACACAUACAGCACAGAAUCAGGUCGGCGAUGUGGACAAACGUCAAAAGCACAUUGAGGAGGUACAUACCACUAGUCAAAGCAAACAAGAAACACACACUGACAUGUAUGAAAGGUUUAUCAAUGGCAACCAAGUAAAAAACUCCUUAGAGCAGCAUACUAGUCGUGGCGAGGACAAGCAGGAAAACCAAAGUGCAAUCAAACUGCCAAGUCAUGGUAGAGAUGAGCAAAAGCAUACGAGGGAGAAGAGCACAUAUGCUAACGAUGGAGAAACGAAGACUGCAAAGUUUGUUUUGGGAGAUGACAUAAGGAUUGCACUAGUUCCAGAAAAUUGUAGUCUGCUGCAAUUGAUAAACAUAGCUCGGUGUAAGUACAGUCCCCACCUGAAGGCAAUGCUUCUUAAAUUUCAGGAUAUAGAGGGUGACUUGGUGACAAUUACAUCAAGUGAAGAACUAAGGUGGGUUGAAGAGCUGAAGCAAGGACCAGCUCGAUUGUACAUAAAAGAAGUAAGUCCUGAGCGUGAGAUCACUAGGGACAUUGUUAUGCCCAGUAUAUCUACUGCAACGUUAGAGAGAAAGCAGAGCAUUUCUGAGUGUGGAAGUUCUAGGAUUGCAGAAGAAAAGAACUCAUCAUAUGCUGAUGACUGGAUGAUGCAGUUUGCUCGUCUAUUCAAGAACCAUGUUGGUUUUGAUUCUGAUGCAUAUGUAGAUCUCCGUGACCUUGGUACGCGGCUGUACUAUGAAGCAAUGGAAGACACCAUCACAAGCGACGAAGCUCAGGAGAUAUUUCAUGCAGCAGAGGCAAAAUUUCAAGAAAUGGCAGCUCUAGCGCUGUUUAAUUGGGGCAACAUACACAUGUCUCGUGCAAAGAAGAGAUUAUGUUUAUCUGAAGAUGCUCCAAAAGAAUCUGUACUUUCCCAGGUCAAGCGUGCAUAUGAAUUGGCAUGUGCUGAAUAUGUCAAAGCUGGAAAGAAGUUUGAAGAUACUGUGGACGUAAAACCAGACUUUUAUGAAGGUCUUAUUGCACUAGGACAUCAACAGUUUGAGCAAGCAAAGCUUUCUUGGCGUUAUGCAGAUGCAUGUAAGGUAGACAUGGGAACUGAAGUACUAGAACUAUUUAACCGUGCUGAGGAUAAUAUGGAAAAAGGAAUGGAGAUGUGGGAGGGAAUAGAAUAUUUACGACUAAAAGGGAUGUCUAAAUCAAAAAAGGAGAAAAUCCUACUGGACAAGUUGGGCUUGGAUGGGCACCUAAAAGAUUUAACAUCAGAUGAAGCGUUUGAGCAAGCUUCAAAUAUGCGAUCACAGCUAAACAUUUCAUGGGGUACCAUUCUUUAUGAGCGUUCAGUAGUAGAAUUCAAGUUAGGUCUUGCUAGCUGGGAGGAAAGUCUCACCGAAGCAAUUGAAAAAUUUAAGACCGGUGGAGCUUCCCUGGCAGAUAUCAGUGUAAUGAUAAAGAACCACUGUGCGAAUGAGAAAACUCAAGAAGGAUUGAGCUUCAAGAUUGAUGAGAUAGUUCAAGCAUGGAACGAGAUGUACGAUGCUAAAAAGUUGAAAAAUGGUAGUUCUUCUUUCCGUCUUGAACCUUUAUUCCGAAGGCAGCCUUCGAAGCUGCAUAACAUACUAGAGCACAUAAAGCACACGUGA